CGGCGGCCUCUCCAGUGACAGAGGAGUAGUGAGCGGCAACGGGUGAGGCUGCAGCCAACUCCGCUCCCCUCGCACUCGGCUGCCCAGGCGCUCGGGACACAGCAGCGGCGCUUUCCCCUGGGCUGACUGCCCGCGAUGUCCACUUAGGAGCGGCGGCAGCGGCCAGCAUCGCCACACCCGCGGCACACCGCUCCGGGUCGCAGAACGGGGCUAGAGGGUGCACCCCUGCCCCAGCCCCCACCCCGCCCCCCACCCUGAAAUGACUUGUUAAUCGGCGCAGACACUACCGAAGGGACUCGCUGGAGUGGAAUCCAAGUGGAAUUUGGAUUUGGAGAAGAGUUUCUUGAACAUUUACUCCUUCCUUAUUGUUUUUUUUUUUCUUUCUUUUUUCUGAUCCCCUUCUCCGCCUUUCAUUGGAGAUGAACACAGAGCUUUUGCAUCCCAGAAAGUAGUCGCCGCGACUGUUAUCCCCAAAGAGACAAGCACACAUGUAGGAAUGACAAAGGCUGGUGAAGGAGAGAGCGCAGCUCGCGGCCCGGAGAGAUCGUCUCGAUAAUGGAUUACUAAAUGGGAUCCACGCUGUACCAGCCCGCUCCGAGCCCUGGCCGCCUACCCGUCGAUGCACCGAAAAGGGUGAAGUAGAGAAAGAAAGUCUCCCCCUGAACUACUAUGAGGCCAGAAGCCUUGCUGCUAUAUCUCACACUGCUGCACUGCGCUGGGGCUGGCUUCCCAGAAGAUUCUGAGCCAAUCAGUAUUUCGCAUGGCAACUAUACAAAACAGUAUCCGGUGUUUGUGGGCCACAAGCCAGGACGGAACAGCACACAGAGGCACCGACUGGACAUCCAGAUGAUCAUGAUCAUGAACAGGACCCUCUACAUCGCUGCCCGGGACCAUAUUUAUACUGUUGAUAUAGACACAUCACACACAGAAGAAAUUUAUUGUAGCAAAAAACUGACAUGGAAAUCUAAACAGGCUGAUGUAGACACAUGCAGAAUGAAGGGAAAACAUAAGGAUGAGUGUCACAACUUCAUUAAAGUUAUUCUAAAGAAAAACGAUGAGACUUUGUUUGUCUGUGGAACUAAUGCCUUCAACCCUUCCUGCAGAAACUAUAAGAUGGAUACUUUGGAACCUUUUGGGGAUGAACUUAGUGGAAUGGCCAGAUGCCCCUAUGAUGCCAAACAUGCCAACAUCGCAUUGUUUGCAGAUGGAAAACUAUACUCGGCCACAGUGACUGACUUCCUUGCCAUCGAUGCAGUUAUUUACCGGAGUUUUGGAGACAGACCAACCCUACGGACCGUCAAGCACGAUUCAAAAUGGUUGAAAGAACCAUAUUUCGUCCAAGCAGUGGACUAUGGAGACUAUAUCUACUUCUUCUUCAGGGAAAUAGCAGUGGAGUACAACACCAUGGGAAAGGUCGUUUUCCCACGAGUGGCCCAGGUUUGCAAGAAUGACAUGGGAGGGUCUCAGCGAGUCCUGGAGAAACAGUGGACAUCUUUCCUUAAGGCUCGCCUCAACUGCUCAGUUCCCGGAGACUCUCACUUCUAUUUCAACAUACUCCAGGCAGUUACAGAUGUGAUUCGUAUUAAUGGCCGUGACGUUGUCCUGGCAACCUUUUCCACACCUUAUAACAGCAUCCCUGGGUCUGCAGUUUGUGCCUAUGACAUGCUUGACAUUGCCAAUGUUUUUACUGGGAGAUUCAAAGAACAGAAGUCUCCGGAUUCCACUUGGACACCAGUUCCUGAUGAACGAGUGCCUAAGCCCAGGCCGGGUUGCUGUGCUGGCUCAUCCUCCUUAGAAAAAUACGCAACCUCUAAUGACUUUCCUGAUGAUACCCUGAACUUCAUCAAAACGCACCCACUCAUGGAUGAGGCCGUGCCUUCUGUCAUCAACAGGCCGUGGUUCCUGAGGACGAUGGUCAGAUACCGCCUCACCAAAAUUGCAGUAGACACCGCGGCUGGGCCCUAUCAGAAUCACACUGUGGUUUUCCUGGGAUCAGAGAAGGGACUCAUCUUGAAGUUCUUGGCCAGAAUAGGAAACAGUGGUUUUCUAAAUGACAGCCUUUUCCUGGAGGAGAUGAGCGUUUACAAUCCUGAAAAGUGUAGCUAUGAUGGAGUAGAAGACAAGAGGAUUAUGGGAUUGCAACUGGACAAAGCAAGCAACUCUCUGUACGUUGCAUUCUCCACCUGUGUGAUAAAGGUUCCCCUUGGUCGGUGUGAACGACAUGGGAAGUGUAAAAAGACCUGUAUCGCCUCCAGAGACCCGUACUGCGGGUGGGUGAAAGAAGGAGGUUCCUGUGCCUAUCUGUUGCCCGGCAGCAGACUAACUUUUGAACAGGACAUAGAGCGUGGCAAUACAGAUGGUCUUGGAGACUGUCACAAUUCCUUCGUGGCACUGAAUGACAUUUCAACUCCUCUACCAGAUCAUGAAAUGUCUUACAACACAGUAUAUGGGCACUCCAGUUCCCUCUUGCCCAGCACCACCACGUCAGAUUCGACGGCUCGAGAGGGGUAUGAGUCUAGGGGAGGAAUGCUGGACUGGAAAGAUCUGCUCCAUUCACCCGGCAGCACAGACCCUAUGGGGGCAGUGUCUUCCCAUAAUCACCAAGACAAGAAGGGAGUGAUUCGCGAGAGUUACCUCAAAGGCCAGGACCAGCUCGUUCCUGUCACCCUCCUGGCCAUCGCGGUCAUCCUGGCGUUUGUCAUGGGGGCCGUGUUCUCCGGCAUCGUGGUCUAUUGCGUGUGCGAUCACCGGCGCAAGGACGGGUCCUCGGCGCAGCGCAAGGAGGAGCUCAGCCACUCGCGCAGGGGCUCCAUGAGCAGCGUCACCAAGCUCAGCGGCCUCUUCGGGGACACCCAGUCCAAAGAGCCGAAGCCGGAGGCCAUCCUCACGCCGCUCAUGCACAACGGCAAGCUCGCCGCGCCCGGCAGCACGGCCAAGAUGCUCAUCAAGGCCGACCAGCACCACCUCGACCUGGCGGCGCUGCCCACCCCCGAGUCCACGCCGACGCUGCAGCAGAAGCGCAAGCCCAGCCGCGGCAGCCGCGAGUGGGAGAGAAACCAGAACCUCAUCAACGCCUGCACGAAGGACAUGCCUCCCAUGGGCUCCCCCGUGAUCCCCACGGACCUGCCCCUCCGGGCCUCCCCCAGCCACAUCCCCAGCGUGGUGGUCCUGCCCAUCACGCAGCAGGGCUACCAGCACGAGUACGUGGACCAGCCCAAAAUGAGCGAGGUGGCCCAGCUGGCCCUGGAGGACCAGGCGGCCACCCUGGAGUAUAAGACCAUCAAGGAACAUCUCAGCAGCAAGAGUCCCAACCACGGGGUGAACCUAGUGGAGAACCUGGACAGCCUGCCCCCCAAGGUGCCCCAGCGGGAGGCCUCCCUGGGCCCCCCGGGAGCCUCCCUGUCGCAGAGCGGCCUGAGCAAGCGGCUGGAGAUGCACCACUCCUCCUCCUACGGGCUUGACUAUAAGAGGAGCUACCCCACGAACUCGCUCACCAGAAGCCACCAGGCCACCACUCUCAAAAGAAACAAUACUAACUCCUCCAAUUCCUCGCACCUCUCCAGAAACCAGAGCUUUGGCCGGGGAGACAACCCGCCCCCCGCCCCGCAGCGGGUGGACUCCAUCCAGGUGCACGGCUCCCAGACGGCGGGUCCGGCAGUGACUGUUUCGAGGCAGCCCAGCCUCAACGCCUACAAUUCAUUGACCAGGUCGGGGCUGAAGCGCACCCCCUCGCUAAAGCCAGACGUACCCCCCAAACCUACCUUUGCCCCCCUUUCCACCUCCAUGAAGCCCAACGAUGCGUGUACAUAAUCCCAGGGGAUGGUCAGGUGUCAGGAAAGGCGAGGCGCGCUGCGCCCGCACGGUUCUCCGCUGCCUGAGUGCACACCAGACCAAGACGGCCGCGCAGCGCCCGGACGCUGGGCCCCUGGGAUUCGGGGGGGACUCGCCAAGUGGCCCACGUGGUUUGGUGAAGGUUUGCAACGCGGGACUCACCUCCAUUCUCUUCCUUCACUCUCCCCCCACUCCCCGCUACAGGUCGUACUCACGAAAGACUUAAAUUAUCAUCACAAACAUGAGCCAAAAGCACAUACCCACCCACCCCCCACACGUGUGCACAUGUGUGCACGGACACAGAGAGAGACACACACACACUCACACACAGACACUCACACAGUCACACAGAGGUGAACAGCAAUUGCAGGAUUUUGUCCGUGACUGCACAGGGCGCUGCCAAAGUAGGCUAGCGUUCCAACUUGCAAAACACAAAUAGAUUUUUUUUUUUUUUUUAAAUCACGCAAGUUAAAAAGACAAAGGAAUUCAUUGAUAAUUCUAACUCAGACUUUUAACAAUGGCAGAAGUUUACUAUGCGCAGAUACUGUGAAAUGCCCACCAGUGUUACAGCUUUCUGUUCUAGCAGGUUAAUGCCAUGUUGGGCAACUAUGUCAUAGAUUUCUGCUCCUCUCUUUUAAUGAAAUAACGUGACCGUUAACGCAAGUAACUUUAUUUAUUGUUCACCCUUUGUUUUUCCUUAAGGAAUGGACUCUUCCACACACCACCCUAUGAACAGCUCUUCAGAAAGCCCCUUGAAGUUACACUAUUUAACGUGAAAUCCAUUAACUGGAAUAAUUUGAGUUUCUUUAUUUUUACAAUAAAUUCACUGAGUAAAUAAGUUGGAGCUGGAAUCUGAGCUUUGUGUUUGGACUGUCUGAUCUCUAGCUGAAGGAGAAAGUUAAGAGGGGAGUAUUUAUUUAAAUCUGCCAGUUAAUUUGCUGGUGAAAUCUCUGUGCUAUAACAUGCAAAAAUGUAAUCGGUUUAAAAGUCCUUCCAGAUCCUAACUUCUAAAGCAACCAGGAGAGGAACUUCUAGAAUGGCACAGCCAUGUCUCAUUGCUGCCAACAUGGCUUUGUCAGUGGUUCCUACUUUCUUGCGAAGGCACCAGCUUGUGAUAUGCCAUCUCAUUUCGCCUUGCAUGUGAGACAGCAAACAAAAUCUACAAACGGUGUGAACUAAUUAAUACGCUGGCUGCUAUCUUACAUAAAUUAAUGGUUUGAUCACACAGGUUUUUCAUGGGGUUACAUCUGUGAAUAGCCUGUUUUCCACAUGUAAAUUUGUGCCUUACACCCUGAGUUGUGUACACUUGUAAACUGUCACUUAUGAUAAACUUUUCCCUCCUUUUGAAACACAGAUAUUUAUUUAGCCCUUGCCUCACCCCACUCCAGUCCUCUGGAGGGUUAGCUGUCCAGCAGAUAGAAGAAGAAUGCAGUGGUGAUGCUUAGACUCUCACAGCCUGGGAAAGCUGGGCGCACACACCCUCCAGUUCACACUUCCUUCUAGUCGUGCCAACUCCAACCACCCUUUGGCCAUGUUGAUAAACAUGGACCCUAGUGUUGUGGGUGGCAAAUCCCUUCUCCCUCUAGAGCUCCCCGCUUCCCUUAGAUUCUCAGAUCAUUUCAACAUGGUAAUACCCUCAUUUGCCAGCAGAAAAAGGACUAAAGUCCCAGUCUUUAUUUCUGCCAGGUUCACUGGCCGGAGAACACGCCGUGUGCAGUUGGGCAGGCAUCUGGGAGGAGUCUCCAGGCCCUGUGCUCAGCGCAUGCAAGCGAUGCACACAAAGAAAUAACAUGGAAAUAGAUGCAGGCAGGCUGGUCCCUGCUGUGAUUAAUGAGUAACUCCGAGUGCAAGGCCAACUACAAUGGAUGCUGCAAAAACCUUGACUGGGGCAAAAGAUUUUUAAUUUUUUUUUAAUUUCUUUACCUUUUUGUUGUUAUGGUUUGU